CUCGUCACUUCCAGACCUCACAGCAGAAAGAUUUCCACUCACAGUCGUACAAACUUUAAACUCCUUGAUAACAUGUCGACAUACUGGCUUCAUAUCAUGUCAUCCGGGUAGCAUCUUUACCUGUUUCGGAAUGGUAUCUUCCUCCAGGUCAAAGGUGAUGGCGGAGGCAGAUGCUAGUCUGGAGUGUAUUGUGAAGUUGGGAGGGAGUGCCGUCACUGACAAGAGCACACUUGAAACACCUCGGCUGGACGCCAUCAGGGCUGCUGCAGAUAUCAUCUCACAAGUUAGGGGGCGCUGCAUUGUCGUCCAUGGAGCUGGGUCUUUCGGACAUUUCCAGGCAAGGGAACACGGCGUGGUGUGGGGGUACCGUGACAAGGAGACGGACACAGAGGUUCAGACUGUGAAACUAGGCUUCUGCAGAACACGACAGUCUGUUACUAAGCUUUUACACAUCAUAACAGAAGAGUUUGUCCGACUUGGCAUCCCCGCAGUUGGCGUGUCACCCUUGUCAUCAUGGGUUACGGAUGACGCGUCUGUAGUGAAGGCAGACACUGACAACAUCCGGGAUAUGCUCCUGGAGGGGUUCCUUCCCGUCAUGCACGGCGAUGCUGUCCUAGAUCGGAAACGAGGCUGCACCAUCCUAAGUGGUGACACCAUCAUCAAGCACCUGUGUAGUGUGUUCCGCCCCCCGCGGGUCGUGUUUCUAACCGAUGUGCCCGGGAUCUAUGACAGACCUCCCGAACAACCAGGUGCUCAACUUAUACCUGAAAUUCAAGUUGAUCGAGAUAGAAAACUACAUGUCUCCAUAGCAACGUCUUCACAAGCACAUGACGUCACUGGGGGAAUAGCUUUAAAACUCAAGUCUGCCAUUGACAUUGUGACGGAGAGCAACGGCCACACAUGCGUCAUGGUCUGUGGUAUCCAAUCACAGGCUGCGGUACGAGCAUGCGUGGAAGGACAACUCCCACAAGGCACUGGGACAAUUGUUCAGCUGAACAUAAGCAAACAUCCGGAUGAAGUUACGUAGCACUUUCCAUCUACUUUGAUAAAUUC